CUUCUUCUCUCUCUCUUCCAAAAACAAGAAAUUUCAGCGCCUCUCUGAAAAGACAAAGACAUUUCAGCGUGCUCAUACCCAGCCUCCUCGGUGCUACUCUUGGUUUCCUUUCUUCUGCUGCUGUUCCGUCUUUAUUGCUUGUGUCCGUCUACUCGACCCAAGCUGCUGAGCUGAAUCUGCUCCGAACCAACCUGCCGGCCACAGAAAUCUACAUAAUUCAUCCCAAGAAGAACCCCAACCACCUUCUUCGCUUCUUCUUCUUCUUCGAGCUCGCCGCCGCCUGCCUGUCCUCUUUCUCUUCUCAUGUCGAUCUGACCCGGGAAAGAAGAGCAGAGAGAUCAGCUGGGCACCAAUCGCCGGCUGCUUCAGAGUGCGGUGCUCCUGAAGAUAAAUUCCUGCGCUGCAUGUAGAGUAUUUCAAGGCUACCAUACCAAGUGAGGAUAUGAGCUGGUGUUGUAUUCCAAGAUCCAGGGAGAAUUUUCCUCUGAAAAGAAGAUCCAGGGAACAGGAGAAUUCUUAUUCUCAUAGCAUUGGCGGCAUUUCAGCUGAAAAGAACAUAAGGCUAUUCUCUUAUUCUGAGUUGAGAUCAGCAACAGACAACUUCAACCGCAGCAAUAAAGUCGGACGAGGUGGCUUUGGGACGGUAUAUAAGGGAACCAUUAGGAACAGACGAGAUGUUGCGGUGAAAGUUCUUUCUGCUGAAUCCAGACAGGGCACCAGAGAAUUUUUGACAGAAAUUGAUGUUAUCAGCAAUGUGAAGCAUCCUAACCUCGUUGAAUUAAUUGGCUGUUGCGUCGAAGGAGAUCAUCGAAUUUUGGUGUAUGAGUAUCUAGAAAACAGCAGCCUUGACCGUGCACUUUUGGGUUCUAACAGUGAACCCGCUAAUUUCACUUGGAGCAUAAGAUCAGCCAUAUGCACUGGUGUUGCUAGAGGUCUUGCGUACCUUCAUGAAGAGAUCGCAUCACCAAUUGUACACAGAGAUAUCAAGGCUAGCAAUAUACUCAUGGACAAAAAUUACAUCCCCAAGAUUGGGGACUUCGGUCUGGCCAAAUUAUUUCCUGAUAAUAUUACCCACAUCAGUACUCGUGUAGCUGGAACAACAGGUUAUCUUGCGCCUGAAUAUGCAUGGCAUGGCCAAUUAACCAAGAAAGCAGACAUAUACAGCUUCGGGGUCCUUGUAAUCGAGAUCAUAAGCGGCAAGAGUGGUUCAAGGAGUCUACUGGCUGAUGAUAAGCUUCUUCUAGAGAAGGCUUGGGAGCUCUACGAAGCAGGGAACCUCACAGAACUAGUUGAUCCAGACAUUCGGGAUUACCCUGAAGAGGAGGCCAUCCGGUACAUCAAGGUAGCGCUCUUCUGCACGCAGGCAGCAGCGGCACGGCGACCGUCGAUGCCGCAGGUGUUGAAGAUGCUUUCCAAGCCCAUCCGGAUCAACGAGAGCGAGCUAACGGCGCCAGGCUACAUCAACGAGUACAAGAGCUCCGAUUCCAAGGCAACGGCGUCCAGCGGUUCGAGGUUCAAGAACUCGGCGGCAGAGGAAUCGGACAUGUUCAGCACGGUCGUGCCGCAGACGGUGACUGAGAUGAGCCCAAGGUGAAACAAAGCACUAGGGAGAGGGGUGAUCUUCUUUGUUCACUCGCAUUAUGUAGACUUGUAGAAUGAGGGUACAUAGAGGGCACAUAUUUAGAUGUGCAGUGUGUCUUCUUUUGGUUUGUUGUUGUUUCACUCGUUCAGCUUAUGCGGCAACUAGACCUUGUAAAUAAUAGACUAGCUAUUCAUGCCAGGGCAAUGCAAGAUUGCUGCCUGUUUGGACAGUUUGAAGUAACUCAAAAGUAGAUCUGCUUUUCCAGAGUCAUGUGAUCAUUUCAAUUAACUUCUCAGUUU